CAGUCACAUGUCCCUGUAAUCUGCAAUCUCAGGCUCUGUGUACAGUUUCACUAAAGGCUGUGAAUCUCUCCUGGACUGCCAAUACUCCUCAGCAGGAUCCAAGAGUCUCUAUAGAAAGAAACCUGACCCAGUCCAGCUUUGCAUGACAAAGGCUUCCAAGUGGUUACAAUGCAUUUCUCACUUAUCCUCACUUUCCUGUGUUCCUGGCAUAUUCUGACUGCUCAAGGUGAUUUCUGUGAGAAGAAUAUAUGUCUUAAUGGAGGAACCUGUGUAAGUGGUGCAAAUAUCUCGCCUUUCUGCCUUUGCCCUGAAGGCUUUACUGGACAUGACUGCAAUGUAACAGAGAAAGGUCCUUGCCACCCAAAUCCGUGCUCCAACAAUGCAGAUUGUGAAGUCUUGUCCCAUUCACGCAGAGGUGAUACCUUCAUGCAGUAUGUCUGCAAGUGCCAGCCAGGUUAUUCCGGAGAGCACUGCGAGAAAAGUAACAACAAGUGUUUAUCUAGCCCUUGCAAAAAUGGAGGAGUCUGCAGAUACCUUCACGAAGAUUACUCCUGCAAAUGUGCUUCACCGUUCAUAGGGAAAGCAUGUCAGACUCGUUGUGCCAAUGCUCUAGGAAUGGAAGGUGGAGCGAUAACAGAUGGCCAGGUAACCUCUUCAUCCAUGUACCAUAGCUUCCUUGGCAUUCAGCGCUGGGGGCCAAACUUAGCUCGUCUAAACAAUAAAGGGAUAGUGAAUGCGUGGACUGCAAACAGCUAUGACCAACAUCCGUGGAUUCAGGUGAAUUUGUUAAAACCAAUGCGGAUAUCUGGAAUCAUCACGCAAGGAGCUAGUCGAAUGGGUACUGCUGAGUAUGUGAAAGAUUUUAAAGUGGCAUACCGUGAGGAUGGGAGUGACUUCACCUUUGUCAAGGCUGAUGAAAAAGACACUAACAAGAUUUUUGCUGGAAACACAGACAAUGACAGUAGGAAGGCUAAUAUAUUUAGUCCACCACUUGUUGCACAAUAUAUCCGUAUCUAUCCCGUGAAUUGUCGCAGAGCGUGCACGCUGCGCUUUGAACUCUAUGGCUGUGAGUUGAAUGUGUAUUUCAACAUGGUAGGUUGCUCUCAGCCGCUUGGAAUGAAGGCCUACGCAAUUUCUGAUAAGCAAAUCACAGCCUCCAGCGUCUACAAGACAUGGGGACUUGAUGGAUUCACAUGGUACCCUCACUUCUCCCGGCUCGAUAAAAUUGGGAAGUCAAAUGCCUGGACAGCAGGAGAGAAUAGUCACUCAGAAUGGCUGCAGAUUGACCUUCUAGUUCCUAAGAAGAUCACAGGAAUUAUCACACAGGGUGCAAAGGAUUUUGGAACUAUUCAGUAUGUGGAAUCCUUUAAAGUGGCUUACAGUGACAAUGGCACAACAUGGAUAAUAUAUAAGGACAGUCGGACAAAAACAGAUAAGACAUUCCUCGGAAACAGUGACAAUUAUACGCACAAGAAAAACAUGUUCAACCCACCAUUUUCAGCACGCUUUGUGCGUAUCCUUCCUCAGUCAUGGCAUGAACGCAUCACAUUGCGCAUGGAACUACUGGGAUGCGAAAAUUAAAUAUAGACUGAAGCUGAUUGAACCGUCACUGCGCACAUAAAGUUCAACCUACUUUUUCACUGCUUCUCUCGUUUUUUUGGAUUCCACCUGCUGCUAUGACAUGAAAUCACCUGAAACUAAGACUUUUCAUGCAGUGAUAAAAUUAUCUGUAUUUACUAAACAGUCAGGUGACGAGCAUCACUUGCCGGAAGUGUCAUAAAGCUGACAAUUUCUUUGACUUCCUGUGCUUCCACCAGUUCCUUCAAAUCAAAUGUAAUUACAUUUAACCCGCAAUCCAUUGAUAAUGUACUGACAUGAGUGGAAUACCUUUCAAUGUGGGAUAUUUUAUGUAAUGUAAAAUGUGUAAUGUGCACUUUGAUUUAAAAA